AUGUCUUUGAAUGGGCUCGAUACUGCCCCCGUCGUGGAAGCCUACCAAAGUGCCCUGGCCGAUGCGGGCGGGUGGUUUCUACUACACUAUGUUGCAAGAGAUGAGGUUGCUCUCCACGAACGAGGCACCGGCGGGGUGCCUGAAAUCCGGAAUGCCAUCAACAGCUACGAGGAAUGCUCGCCACUCUAUGGCUUCCUUCAAUACCGGCGCAGAAAAGUGAUCAUCCGCUACAUGCCGGAGGGGUUAUCCCGGCUCAUACUAGCCCGAAGCAAUGUCCAAUUCCAGUCCGUGACCGACAAGUUCACCCCAAACGACACUGUCCUUCCUCUGUCCAAAGCCUCCGAUCUCACCGAAAGCGCCUUGUCCUCCGCGUGUCUCCUCCAUACCGCCUCGACUUCGAUUACCUCUUCUUCGAGCUCUCUUCGCCGCCGCAGGCUGAUGGAAAUCACGGAAGAUGCUGAGGAAAAUGGCGCAAAGGAUGAAGCUCCAAAACCAAUCCCACCUCCCCAAUCGGAGGCCCGACGCAGACCAAGGAGCGUCAAGUCGGAAGCUACCCUAGUGCCGUCACCCAUUGAACCCCCCGUGGAACCAGAAUUACCUCCGACAUCACCAGAAAGCGAAAAAGCGUCAGUCGACCUCAUGCCACCCCCAUCCCGGGCGAGCUCUAGAGCCACAAUCUCUCGAGGGAGUCCCAUUGAACCACAGUCGGCAACAAUGUCCCCCAGGUCCAUAAAAUCAGAUCGCUCUCCCUCCAGCUCCAGGUACCGAACUAUCUUGGAUGAAUUCCCCCGUCCUUCAGAAGAGGCCCGGUUGUCCACCCAAUCCACCCGCCCCUCACUCCGAGAUUUGGAACGGGCCGCGGGAUACACUCCUAAGGUUAAGCUGGGACCCCGACCGUCCGUGGAUAGCAGUGGAAGACCCCGCACAUCAGGCAGUUCUCGAAAUGUAGACCAGCGCCCUGUUGCUUCCCUGCCGACAAAUAUGCGCUCUUCCUCCCUGCGGAAGCAAAACGGUGAUCCGCCCCGCCCUCGAUCUCAGGGGAGCACUUUCGCAACCAAGCCCACUAGUCGUGUCCCGCCAGUCCCACCUUUGCUGGUUCCACCCCCCUCUAUUCCUAUUUCGAGACCUCAACUUUCCCCUGGCGCCAAAUCUCUUGGAGCGUUGUCGACCUCCUCGGGAUUGACCCCUGAGAAAGAACGUUUGAUGAAGGCUUUGCAGCAACGAAGGAAGAAUAUGGCUAAGCGUGCGGAGGAAACGAAGAAGAAGCAGGUCUCGGAGGAAGGAGAGCUCAAACCAGUGAAGGAUAUUGCCAAAAAUUUGGAUGACGAUAAAGAGAAUCUCAUUCAGAUUCACUAUCCUGAUUCUGAAAUGCUGCUGUCUGAGCCGGAGACAAUUCAACAAGAUCAACAGGACUUCCCUUCGGACAAUUCACCCGUGCCUCCUGAGUCCGCCCCUGAGCUUGUUCCCGAGUCUAUUCUUAAACCUGCCUUCGAGCCUGUUCAUGAAUCCACCCUUGAACUUGCCCCCGAAUAUGUUCCUGAGCCCAGUCCCAAACUUGCUCCUGAGCCUGUUGGCCCAACUUCCGAAGCUGUCCUCACACCCGCCUUCGAGCCUGCUCAUGACUCCACUCUUGAACUUGUCGCAGAACCCGUCCCUGAGACCAUUGUUGAAUCCGCUCCUGAGCUCGUCGUGGAGGCAGUUGCUGAGCCCAUUCCCGAAAUUGCUCCUAAGCCUGUUGACGCAAAUUCCGAGGCUAUCCUUGAACCAGUCACCGAACCGAUUGUUGAGUCUGCUGUGACGCCUGAGCCAGAGCAGCCUUCUGAGCCUCUCGAGGCUGAAUCAGAACCGAUCGUUGAUCUCCCUCCUACCAGCGCUGAGGAUGGGCCAUCCUUACCCACAGGCACAAGUGCCGACAGUUCUAUCUCAGCCGAUCGCGCUGCUACACCUUCAGAGACUGUCAAGGCAGAAACACUGCAGACACCCCCUGAGGAUGAAACACGCACUGAGCACGAGGACUCCGUAAUCCCUGAUCUCGCCCCACCUACUUUUAAUCCUGAUGUCCCACUUCAAAAUGAGCCUUCGGAUGCCCCGCAACCUGAUUCAGGGGACGUCUCCGAAACACAUUUCGAACUUUCCCCAGUUGCAUAUGUGCCAACUGACGAGCCUUCUGAGGUGCCUAUCUCAGCAGAGGUCCCUCAGGUGGUUCCCCUCCCCUCCGCCCCCUCUGUUAUCCCUCCAGAAAGCACUGGCACGGAAACGCCAGCCUCCCCCGUUUUUGUCUCGAUCGAGGUGGACGAGCCGACCCCUGAUCACCCGAUUGCUGAGAAAGCCGAGCCUCUUACCCUAGACCAGAGGCGCAGGGUCCGCCUAGAGCCUAUUCAAGUGCCUACUCUAGAGUUCUCGGACGACGACAACCUCCUUUCCGACGAUUCAUUCAUGGAGGAAUUGACCUCGGCUACUGUCCAGGAGGCCAGACCGGUAUCUGUGAAAUCACCCAACGGCGUCGAUCACGCCUGGAAGAAUUCACGCGCCGUCUCGAGCCCGUUCUCUAUGGGAUCACCGUCGGGUCUGCAAGCUCUUGCAGUGGGCCGGUCCAUUUCUAGCUCACACUCUGAAAAUGGCCCGCCUACGCCGGUACUCAUGGCCAAGAAGAUCAACGUCUCCUCUGGAAUUUCCAGUCGCAUCAAGGCUCUUGAAAAGUUUUCGAGCCGGGAAGGCACUCCCUUGGGCGCGAGUCCGGCUAUAGGUGGGCCAUCAGCCUCCUCGUCUUUCGAGAACCUUCGCAAACGCGCAUCUAUCUCGGUGCCCAGCGGGAACCACGAAACUCCUCCACCGAGCACAAUGCAUUCUGCUCACGUCCCCGAGAGCUUUGCCGGUGCGCCGAGCUUGAGUCGGCACAACCGUCAGGUGUCUGUAGAUGCUACGCGCCCUGCUAGCUCUGUUUCCGUGACAGCCCGUAUCGUGCGCGAUGCAGAUAUCUCUCCCGGGUCUUCUGGACUUGAGCCCUCGGAGUCCGAUGUUGUCAACCUCCAGGCCAGUCCUUUGACUGUGGAGCAUGAGACAGCCGAGGAGGCACCGCUCCCUCAGACCUCGCCUAUCGAGCCUGCCAGCCGUCCCCAGGACCGAAGCAUGUCAAUUUCAUCUACUGCGUCUAGUCGCCAAACGACAUCUCGCCCUGGCAGCCGUCCCGGAAGCCGCCCCUCUCUCCCCUCGCGCUCUAGGACCGACGACAGCGUUCAAUCCGCCUCUUCCACAUCCGAGGAUAAGAAGAUAUCUCGCACCUCACGACUCAUGCGCCGCAUGUCCUCGAUCACAUCCAACUCUCGCCGCAGCAUUAUCGGAGCCCUCAGCUCACCAGUCAAGGAAGAGGAGUAUGUUCCCACCUUCACAAAUGGGUCUAGUAAGGCUUCAGGGUCUGCUAGCUCGCGUACCUCAGAGCCCAUCGACAUUGGCGAAGUGAACGUCCAGUUCCCAGAAACUCUUCUGUGGAAGCGUCGGGUCAUGCGCAUCGAUGAACAGGGAUACGUUGUUCUCACGCCUGGCACCAAUGAUGCCACCAACCGGAACAUGACUAAACGCUACCAUCUCACCGAGUUCCGCACUCCUUGUCUUCCCGAUGAAGACAUGCAGGAAUUGCCCAACAGCAUCUUGCUUGACUUCUUAGAUGGAAACACGCUGCAGUGUGCUUGUGAAUCCAGACAGGGACAAGCCUCUGCUCUUCAGACUCUCGUCGAGGCUCACAGUGCCCACCAGCAAUAA